AUGGAAUCCAACACGUCGUCAUCGAUGCCACCGGAUUUGGCUGCAACGAACGGAACCACAAAUCCAGUGUCGCCAUCGCUAGUCAAUUUGUACAGAAUAACCAAAGUUCUGGAUCGUUUGGCUUUUCACUUUCAACCUGGCAACCGGAGCGAUUCUUUCGAGUUUUUUAACCUAUGCCUCUCCCUCUCUAGAGGGAUUGAUUAUGCACUUGCCAAUGGUGAACCUCCGCCAAAAGCUAAUGAACUGCCUACCUUGAUGAAACAGAUGUAUCAAAGAAAGACGGAUGAACUAUCACUUGCAGCUGUGAUGGUUUUGAUGAUAUCUGUCAAAAAUGCCUGUAAAAUUGGAUGGUUCCAGAAGAAAGAGUCAGAAGAACUUUUAACUAUUGCUGACGAGAUAGGAAAGAUCUACUGCACUCUGGGAAAUAUUAUUAACGGACCUAGUUCUAGCCAUUCUGCAGUAUUAACUAUAAUGGAAAGGUUCUAUCCAAGAAUGAAAUUGGGUCCAAUAAUUGUGACAAUCGAAGCUCAGCCUGGAUAUGGAGCUUCUGCUGUUGACUUCCAUAUCACAAAGAACAAUGUUCACUCAGAUAAAAAAAUUUGGUUAUUGGUGGCACAAACUGAUAACAUUGAGACAUCUGCAUGCCUCAUCAGCCCUCAGGAAGUAAAUUUUCUCCUGAAUGGAAAAGGAAUUGACACAAGGACUAACUUUCGAAUGGAUCCUGGGCCACAGAUGCCGACUAAUGUGACUAGUGUGCUUAAAUUUGGGACAAAUCUGCUUCAAGCUGUGGGUCAGUUCAAUGGUCAUUAUAUUAUACUUGUUGCCUAUAUGAGUGUUGCAUCCUUGCCUGAGCAUCCAGUUCUUCCACCAGAUUAUGUUCAGCCUGCUGUUACUUCCGUCGAUUCAGAUUCAGAUAUUAUAGAGGGGGCAUCACGAUUCUCACUUAAUUGUCCGAUAAGCUUUACACGUAUCAAGACUCCUGUUAAAGGUCGGUCAUGCAAACAUUUUCAGUGCUUUGACUUUGACAACUUCAUUAAAAUAAAUUCUAAGAGACCUUCCUGGCGCUGCCCCCAUUGCAAUCAGAAUGUCAGCUAUACAGAAAUUCGUCUAGACAGAAACAUGAUUGAGAUCCUGGAAAAAGUUGGCGAGAACAUUGUGGAAGUGACUGUCCAUGCUGAUGGAUCGUGGCAGCCAGUCUUGGAAAAUGAUCAUGAUGUGGGUAAGAUACAGAAUAAGGUCCACAAUUGUGAUAAGGAACAGACUGAACAGCAAGAAUCUGCUCGAUCCCCUGAUACAUUUCCCCAUGUCGUGGACCUCACCAACAAAGAUAAUGAUAUGGACGUAAUAAUGGAUACUUGUGAAACUGCAGAUAGAAAGCCUUCACAGGGUUCUGCUCCGACCAGUGUUCAAAUCGAAGACGAUUUUUGGGCUGGACUUUAUAUUGCCAACACUGGGUCUGAUACUCCUACAGUUGGUGUCACCGACCUUGCUGUUCUGGCCGAUGCUGUUUCUCCUGCAUUAAUUCAAGAAUCUGAGGGUCAUGACAGUAUUUCUGCCAAUCAUAACCAGUUCCUGGCACUGAAUAAUUUGCAGAUGAUGAAUAAUUACAUGAGUUCAUUUGUUAGUGAGUAUGGGAGGUCAUCUUCGUCACCAAGACAUAUUCAAAGGACUCCAGUAGCUGUUCAGGCCCUUCCAGUCCCAUCUCAGCCAUUAGGACCACAGCAAAAUUCAGUAACCAAUUUGGAUUCCUUGAUAACCAGCAGUCCCUCUGCUACUCAUGUUUCUUUGUCCAACCCUGCCUCCGCAGAUCCUUACAAUGCCAUACUGAGUGAUGCAGAAAGACAGCAACUUUUUUCUCGAUCCCCGCUGAACAUGCCUCAGGUCUCAGCAGCAACACAGAACCGAAUGCCAUCCGUUAAUAUGCCAGCCCCAACUCAUAAUCGAGUGCCACCAGUUAGUAUGUCAGCCACAACUCUUAACCGAGCACCAAGUCAUUUGCAAAACCAACAAUACAGAGCAGGUAUGCUGAAUGAUUUUAGAAAUUCCCACCUGCAGCAAACUCUGAAUCCCAGGGCGCAUACACCGAUGCAACCGUUAAAUGCUCAACGAUCUCACACUCAGCAAGGGGUUUCACAAACUAAUGCAGCUGGAGGUGCAGCAAAUAGCCAGCAAGCCAGGGUUAUGGCUUCAUCACAUGUUGCCAGACAAGGAGAGCAAAGAGGACCACCGGUACAGGCAGUUUCUAGGACCGACGAAUUGUUCAAUUCACAACCAGAUCAGAACUGGCGUCCUACUUCGCGAAUGCGGGGAAGUCUUUCAGGUCAGCAGCUUACUGAUGACGUUAGGCAGCGGUUAAUUAUGCCAUCAUCACAAGAAGCUCAAAAUUCAAGACCACAAGGUCCACAACCACAGCCAGGCCGAACAACAUCUCAACUGAAUGUGCUCAUUGCAAACAGUAGAAAUGCUCAUAAUCCUCCGAGACAGUAA